AUGUACCAAAAAAUUAUAAGUAACAUUAAUGAAUUAUCUCAAUUUAAAUUAAUAUGCAAAAAAAAAUUGGAAUUAAUAAACAUAUGGAAAUCUUGUAAUAGUAAAGAAGCCGAAGAAAUUUGGUUAUAUCUUCAUAAUUUAUUAGUAGAAUAUACAUGCCCAGAAAAAUUGAUUUAUAAUGAAGAAAAUUCAACUUUAUUAUUUAAAGGAGAAAACGAUAGACAAUUUCUGUUGACAUGUAUAAAUUUUGUUUCUAUAUAUUUGCUAUAUUUAAGCAAUAAUGAAAGAAAGAAAAAAUCUAUAAACUUGGAUGAAAACUUCAGAAAAUUAUUUUAUAAAUUGAUUGAGAUUCAAUUUAUGUUAAGUGACAAGGAAAUAAGGAUUUCAUUUGGAAAAUGUUUGUUAAAUAUUUGUGAAUUAAAACUAGUGGAAAAUGAUUUUUCAAAUUACUUAAAAAUUAAUGUUUUAUUAUUCCUAUUAUGGAAAUCUUGUUCUACCGAAGGUAAAAGUACUGAUAUAAGUAAAUUAAAAAAAUACAAAGAUUUUUGUAAAAUUAUAAAAUGGGGAAUAUCCGACAAAACAACUAAUUCUUUUUACGUUUUAUGUUCUUAUUCUUUAAGUCUCCCUAAGUUUUAUGAAAACUGCGAUGGUAAAAUAUUUUUAUCUUAUGUAUGGUCUCUAAAUGAAAAUAUAGCAUAUCACCUUUUUAACAAAUUUGUUCAUAGUACAGUGGUUUUACCAUUUGAUAAUAUUAAUCAUUAUUCUAAAAUUAUUUAUUCAACAUGGAAAAAUUGUUCUGAUGAUAUGAAAAGUGUUAUUGAAACACAAUUAGAACAUCUUGUUCAUUUUUCCUUAAAAUGCCCUAUUAAAAUUGCAGCGCGUUUUAGAUGUGUACUUAAUAUAUUUCAUACAAAUAAAGGUGAUAAAAGUAUCAAUAAGUUAAUUUUCAAAAUUUAUGAUCCUGUUAUAUGGAGAAAUUUAAUGUCACCAAAUUGGAAAAUUAGAUUUAAUGCAACGUGCAUUUUUCAAUUAAUCUUUCCUGUUGUGGAUCCCUGCAUAAAGGAUAUAAAUUAUCUAGAGGAAAUGGAUAAAGCUUAUAAUGCGCUUAUUGAAUUAUCUGAAGAUAAAAAUAUAUGUGUUAGACAAGCUACAGCCAAGUGCAUUUGUUACAUAUUAAAUGAAUUAUGGGAAAUAAUACAUGAUGAUAAGAGAAUAAUAUUACUUAAUAUAUUAAUCAACAAAUUAUUAAAAGAUAAAUAUAGUGAGAAUGUAAGAUCAGAAGUAGUGUUAGGUCUUUGUGAAAUUGCUAAGAAUAAAAUGAUUAAUAAAAUAUUUCUAAAAAUAUUUGAUAGAAUUAAAUAUCUUAUAAGUGAUAAAUCUUUAAAUGUUAGAAAAAAUUUUGUUAAUCUCGUAUUAGAACUCAACAAAAACUUAAAUGAUAAUUUUUCUAAUGAAAUAGAUUUUAAUGAAUUAAUGAAAAGGAUAACAAAAGAUUAUUUUACAUUUAAUGUUCAAGCAUGUAUAAAGAAAUUGUCGUAUAUGAAACAAGAAAAUAAUGAAAAAAUAAAAAGUAAGGAGAUACGUGAAUUUUUAAAAUUAUCAACAAAUUUAAUAACAUAUACUAUGUGGAAAUGCGAUAUAAAAGAGCAAGCAAAAAAAUGCAUUAACUUCUUAAAUGAAUACCCUGUUUUAAUGAUCUGCAUAAGUAAAUUUUCAACAAAUUUAAAAUUAAUUGAUAGAUAUAAGUUAUCUUCUGUUUUAUUUGAAAUAACAAAUGUAAAAUUAAAAGAAGAAGACAGUUGUAUUUUAUUAAGUGAAAACGAUAAGAAUAUUUUAAAUGAUGAUAAUUUAAAAAAAAAAUAUAUAAGGUAUUCCUCUCUAUUAAUAUGUGUAGCUAAUUUACUGAAGGCAAAAAAUGAGGAAGAAAUAGAACUUUGUUCUUCUGAAGAAAUUCAAGACUUUUUAAAAAAAAAAUUUAUAGAAAAAUAUUUUUUAGAUAGUAUAAAUACUUUGAUACAACCAUUUUAUUUUAAAGUCUUAAAAUAUAUAAAUUUAAAUCAUGAUAAUUAUUUGAUAAUACAUAAAUAUUCUCAUAAUCAAUUAAAUUCUUUACAUAUUAUGAAAAAUAAAUAUAUAUGUAAAAAAUGCAUAAUUCCUUUAUUUUAUAAGUGGGGACUUUUAAGAUCAUAUGUAAUUAAAAAUAUUAAUUUUUUGAAUAUAUCUAUUCAGUCAAUUUUUUAUCAAAUAAAAAACAGUAAAGAUAUAUUGACAAAUUCAGUAAAUAAUAAAAAUGAUGUUUUAUUAGGAAAUGACACUAUUAAUAUACAAGAAAAUAUAUCAAACGAUAUUGAAAAAAAUAGUAUAUAUAUAACAAAUAUUCAUAAAGGAGAAUUAGAUGAUAAAAAUAAAAACAAAAAAAAAUAUAUGAAUGAGGAAAAUAGCAAUAAUGAAAAUAUAAAUGCUAGUAUUGAAAUAGAAGGCUUAAAAAAUAAAAUAAAUGAAAAGGAUUCAAAUGAAGUUGAAAAAAUUGAUAUCAAUAAGAUUAAUAAUGAAAAUAAAGGGAACAUAAGUGAUACUGAACUUAAUAUAUACAUAAAUAAUGAAAUAGAACUUAAUGCUUUGCUUUUUUUAUCUUUAAUUGUAAAAAAAAAAAAAUAUCACAAUAUGUUAUUUAAAUGCUUCCCUGACAUAAUUUAUAAUUUUAUUUAUAAAUUUAAUUAUUUUCUGUUAUACACUUUUGAAAGUAUUUCUAUGAAUUAUUUCUUUUUGCCUCCUCAUUUUCUUUCACCUUAUAAUGAAAAACAAAAUAUCACCAUUACACAAUUUAUCAUAAGUGAUCAAAAGAAAAUAAAAGAGUAUAUGAAAUUAUAUAUUUCUUUCUUUUUUCUCUUUAAUUAUAUUUGUCUUCAAAAUAAGCUUUCUUAUGAAUGGGAUGAAUUAAUACAAAAUACUUUAAAGACUAUUAAUUUAAUUAGUUCUGUAAAAUUUAAAAAUGAAGUUGAAAUAAUGACAAGAAAAAUAACAAGAAAAGAAUAUUCUGAUAAAGAAAUAACGGAUGAAAAAAAGAUGUGGAAAUCCUAUAUAAAUGCCAUCAUUUAUUUUAUAAUUUACUACAUUGAUAAGAUUGAAUACAUAAUUGCUAUGAAAAAGUUGUCUCUUGAAGAUUUAGAUUUUAAUGAUUUCAUAAGAAAUUUCUUUCUAUUUUAUAAAUGCUAUGAAAUUGUAAAUGAAGACGAAAAGGAAACAAAGAAAAUAUAUUUCAAAAUAUGGAAUAGAAUAUGUUCAUUUCUUAUGUUUAUAUUAAAUUUUGAUUAUUUUGAAAAAAAAACUUAUUUUAAAUUAAUGAUAAUUAAUACAUUUUUUACAUUUACAUAUGAAUUUACACCUAAAAAACAAAUAGAAAAAAUACUCAGGAAAUGUUUAAUUGUAAUUAAAGAAAAGGAUACAUUUCAAAAAUAUCUGGAGAAUUUUAAGAAUAAUAAUGAUACAGUGAACUAUAUGGAAGAAAGUCAAAUAAAAAAUAUUCAAAAUGUUUUAGAUAAUAUAUUAUUAAAAAAAGAUAAGCCAAAAAAAUAA